UCAAAAUCUUUAUCAUGAAACAAGAAUCUAUCUGUUAAGACAUUCGAUGACUAUGACUUUAUGUAUAAGAUUGGGAUAUACUUUGAUGAUUUAAGCGGCACAAACAAAUAAAAGUGGAAGCUAGCACAAACACGCGACGGUAAGACCGGUAGGCAGUCCACUGUGUUUUAAAAUCAAAUGGACCUGCAUCUCCUUUUUAUAUCCCUUAUAUCCUUCCUGACAGUGGAAUCAAAAAGAGACGAUGAGCUGUACUGUGCAGUGUGUAGAGCACUGGUAGAUGAGGUCAACUACAGUAUUUCCACGGUCAACUCGAAACAGAAAGUUCAAGUGGGCAGCUUUAGAGUGGACUCGAAAGGAAACCAGAAAGUAGUGGAGGUACCAUUAGCGAGAUCGGAAGUGCAUUUGACAGAAGUUUUUGAAACAAUCUGUGAAAAAUUCAGAUCAUAUGGAAAUACCAAAAAUGCACUGGGAAAGAAAGGUAUCGUGAGAAUGGUGUCCAGGGACGGCAAACCUUUGGUGCUGAAAGAUAUUCAUAUAACGAUGGAGGGCAUGAAACUCCUAACACACACAUGUGAAACAAUAGCAGAGGAAUAUGAAGACCAGAUAAUUAGAGCCUUCCGACAUGGUGAACUUGAGGAAGUGGAACGGAAAGUCUGUGGAGAGUUGGCAGAAUACUGCUCGGAGGAAGAUCUGAACACUCCCAUGCCAGAGCCGGGGCCAGUGCAGGAAUCACAGGAAGUGAAAGAUAAAGAAAAGGAAGAGGAGGGGGGAGAGGAUGAAACAGAUGAUGGGAUUGAGGAGGAAAAUGAUAAAGAGGAAGACACGGGCUCGAAGGAGGAGUUAUAAAAAAUAUUAUACUUAGAAAAGUUGUCUUUCUUCAUGAGAUGCAAUAAGUAUCAUUUUAACAGUGUUCACUAGGAGGAGGGGGGGGGGGGGGGGGGGGGGGAGAGAAAAGAGUGUGAGCUGAACUUGGAAGUGUUCCAGACACAUAAAAAGAUAUGAAGAGAAUGUUCAGUAGCUACAAAUUUGAGGAAUAUAAAAGAAAUUUUUUAUAUAUAUAUAUAUAUAUAUAUAUAUAUAUAUAUAUAUCUGUUCAAAUGGACCAGAAGAAAACUGAAGGCUGAAAAGUUAUAAACUUUUAAAAUUCAAAAGUUUAUAUGAAAGGAAUAUAACAAUGUCAAUAUACAGUAUUUUAUUUUUGAAAAUAUCAAGUACUAGGUGUGACCUUACAUGUGAGAUACAGUAGAAAUUUGGUUACAUUGACAAAGUCAGAAGAAAAGGAUGUGUAAGAUCGGGUAUAUAGUGGAGUGAGUUACAAGGUAACCCAUUAUAUGAUGUCAAAUUAUAUAUAUUAUAUUUUUACAUAUGCUGGUCAUAUUAAAAAUGAAUGUUCAUUGUCAUUUAUUAACAGUUUUUUCCCUUGGAAGAUGAGUUGAAGUAAAGAAAUAUUCAGUUUUGUCAAAAGGGGAAAGGUGCCUUUUACUGAUAAUAAAAUGAACCUUGAUUGAUUCCUGAAUAUGUUGGCAAAUUAUUCUUUCAUUGAUAAGCAUUUUGCUACACAUAUUACAAUAAAUUUGAUUGUAGCUACUAGUCAUCCAAAGUAAACUUAGUGUAUUUUUUCUGAGAAUUUGGAUAAUUCAAAGCGAAUUAGUUUAUUUGUUCUUUACUGUGUGACAUCUAUUUUAUUCAACACACUAAACAUCUGCUUUUCACUGUUUUCUUGAGGUUGAAGUAUUAAUGUCAGGAAGAAACGAUGCUGCUGAUUCUCAGUACAAAUACCCCGCCCACAUCAAGGUCAUACUCGUAAAAAGUUUCUAGAUACUUUUUUGUAAAAUUAUUUUCUAUGAGAUUUACCAUUUUAGAAAUUAAAAUUUUGUGUCCUAUUGAAAAAAUGAGAUGCAAAUACUUAAAGCAUAUGACACAUUCAUGUCCGUUUUAUUGUGUAAGGUUAUUCUAAAGAUGGCAAGCUUUGUAACAAAAAAUUUCUAUGAUACUUGUUGUUAAUAGAAUGGAAUGAUUGUACAAUUAGGGUGUAAUUGAUUAAUGUGAGGGAUGAAAUGAUUGUAUAAUUAGGGUGUAAUUGAUUAAUGUGACGGGAGUGGGUUUCUCCACCAGGUGGCCGAGUUUAUAGAAUGUUUGACUAUAGUGUGAUCAAGAGACACUGGUUUUGGAUGCAUGUGUAACCCACCUGGUAUUUCUUAUUACAUUUUUUUCUCAUGAAUCAGUCCUAUUCAAAUAAACGGAACAGAGAGAAGAACGGGAGGGAUUUGGCAGCCUGCCAGGAUCGAUUAGUAAAGGGCCGGAUUUAGCACACUAUGUUAUAAAACUUACAAGAUUUUAAGGGGCCUAGGUCUGAACCUUGAUAUGGUCUGUCUUGUGUUCCUCUCUUCUGUUCCGUACAUUGUAUGUACACAUUAUUACAUGUUUUACAUUAUAUCUAUAUUUAUCUAUAUACUUAACUUCAGGAGUGGUAAAAUGGGUUGCUAGAUUCUUUGCAAGAAUUAAUGUAUAAAUGAUUGUGUUUUACUAGUAUAUGUUAUUUAUAUCUCAAUGCUAUUAUUUUCUGAAGUAAAUUAUAACUCAUAAAGCAUAGCUUUAGCUCAUUAAAAAUGUCUGAUGUU